AUGAAGAUCACCAUUGGCUUUUUGAUUGUGAGCGUCCUGCUGAUCGGCUGUUCGUCUACCCCUUGUGAUGAAGGAUCCCCACCCACAAAAAAACCGGCUCCCACUAAAAAGCCGCCUAUCACUAAUAAACCCACCACUAGAAAACCCGCUACCACCAAAAAGACGGUUACCACUAAAAAGCCUGCUACUACUAAAAAACCUGUUACCACUAAGAAACCCGCUACCACUGUAAAACCCACCACUCCGAAGGCUACUACUCCGAAACCGACCACUCCAAAACCGACCACACCAAAACCCACCACUCCAAAACCGACCACUCCAAAACCGACCACUCCAAAACCCACCACUCCGAAGGCUACUACUCCGAAACCGACCACUCCAAAACCCACCACUCCGAAACCUACAACUCCAAAACCCACCACUCCGGAAGCUACUACUCCAAAACCGACCACUCCAAAGCCUACUACUCCACAACCCACCACUCCGAGCCCCACCACUCCAAAACCCACCACUCCAAAACCCACCACUCCAAAACCCACCACUCCAAAACCCACCACACCAAAACCCACCACUCCAAAGCCGGGCUGUGGUUGCAAGCCAUGUGGACCCGGUGGUGAAGCUUGCCAAGGAUGCCCACCCCAGGACAAGUUGUGCCAGGAGUUGUUAAAUGACAUCAAGAAUCUGGAUCGCAUGAUAAGGCAAUGCAUCUGUGGAGAACCCCAGUGGAUGAUCUAA